AUGUCUACAGCUGCUGCUGCUUCUCAAAACAAAUUGAAUGAACUGUUGGAAGCAAUAAGACAAGAAUUUGCCAAUGUUUCUCAGGAAGCUAAUACCUACCGUUUGCAGAAUCAGAAAGAUUAUGAUUAUAAGAUAAACCAACACCUUGCUGAGAUGCAGCAGAUCAGAAACACUGUUUAUGAAUUAGAAUUGUCACAUAGAAAAUUAAAAGAUUCCUACCAGGAAGAAAUUAAUAGAUUGAAAUUGGAGUUAAAUCAAAAGGAUCAACAAAUCGCUUCUUUGUCACAACAUGCUCAAUCUCACGUCCCAAGUACAACAAAUACCACUACUUCAGCUCCUCAAGAUUCUGCAACUAUGAGUACUGCUAAUGUGGCAACCGCAACUCCAAAUGUAGCCGUCACUGCAAACAUAACAGGUCAAGCAGCAGGUUCUGCUAGUCUACCACAACCUAAUACGGCAGCUACACCAGGCACUGCUACAAAUACCAAUGGUCCUACUUUGGCCCCUCUAAUUAGUGCCUUAGGAUCUCAAUUACAACCUCUACAAGUUCCCGGUCAACAACAACAAGUACCUCCACAACAACCUGCUGCUCAACUUCAACAGCAAGUUCCUGAGGCCACAACCCAACAGUAUCAACCUGCUGUUGCUGCUGCCGCCCCUGUUGUUGCAGCUCCUACAGUCACUGAACCACAGGACCAGGCAACCAAACCAAAAGAAGAAGUAGAGAAAAAUGACAAAGAACACUAUUUAGUUCCAUUUGACCAAAGAGCCUCACAAUUGAAGGCUAUUCCACCCUUCCUAUUGGAUUUGGAUGCUCAACAGGUCCCUGCACAUUUGAAAAAGCUAGCUGAAGACUAUUAUAUCUUAUACAACCCGGCUUUGCCACGUAACCUUGAUGUCGAAUUACACGCAUCUCUAGAUCAUUCUUCCGUUGUGUGUUGUGUUAAAUUCAGUAACGAUGGUGAAUACUUGGCUACUGGUUGUAAUAAGACUAGUCAAAUCUAUAAAGUUUCUACUGGUGAAUUGAUAGCAAAACUUUCCGACGACAAUGCAAACAGUGCUGUUUCAAGUAACAAUAACGAUCAAAAUGCUCCAGCUAACGUUAAUGGUGCUAAUGCUAAUUCUGGCAACAACACCAAUUCUAAUGAUUUAUACAUUCGUUCGGUAUGUUUUUCACCAGAUGGUAAAUUUUUAGCAACUGGUGCCGAAGAUAAAUUGAUUAGAAUCUGGGAUAUUCAACAAAGAAAGAUCGUUAUGGUUCUACAAGGUCAUGACCAAGAUGUUUACUCGCUAGAUUACUUCCCAUCUGGUGAUAAGCUAGUUUCUGGUUCAGGUGACAGAACUGUCAGAAUCUGGGAUUUGAAAACAGGUCAAUGUUCGUUGACUUUAUCCAUAGAGGAUGGUGUUACUACAGUUGCUGUUUCUCCAGGUGACGGCAAAUUCAUCGCUGCGGGUUCCUUAGACCGUGCCGUCCGUGUUUGGGAUUCAGAAACCGGCUUUCUUGUCGAAAGAUUGGACUCUGAAAAUGAAUUAGGAACCGGCCACAAGGAUUCUGUUUAUAGUGUUGUUUUCACUAAAGACGGUAAUAAAGUUGUAUCUGGCUCUUUGGAUAGAUCAGUUAAACUUUGGAACUUACGUGAUAAUAAUGCUAACAGUAGUAGUAACAAUAGCAAUAAGAGUAAUGCCACUUGUGAUGUCACUUAUGUGGGUCACAAAGAUUUUGUUCUUUCUGUAACAACUACUGCCAAUGACGAAUAUAUUCUAUCAGGUUCAAAAGAUCGUGGUGUGCUAUUCUGGGACACUAAAUCAGGUAAUCCACUACUUAUGUUACAAGGCCACAGAAAUUCUGUUAUUUCUGUUGCAGUUGCAAACAGAACUCCAUUAGGGCCAAAAUACCAAGUCUUUGCAACAGGUUCAGGUGAUUGCAGGGCAAGAAUUUGGAAGUUCUCGAAGAUUGACGAUACUGAAAAUUCUGAAAAUAAAAUCACAGAAGUGUAG